UACAUGUAUAUUUAUAUAUCUUAAUAUCUAUUUAGGGAAGGCCUUUUUAUUUCCAAAACAACACAUUAGCAUCAAGGCAUUUUACAAAGAGUAAUGACUUCUGGGAAGGAUAUUUUCCAGCGUUUAGAUUAACUAGGCAUUCUGUUGUUGGCAUAUAGUAACUUGAGGGCUUUGGGGGCCACUGUGAGAAGGGAGUUUUGGUUUUUUGUUUGGCUGACGGUAUUUAUUAAAGUAAUUCUAUGCUACUACAAUUUGAAGCAAAUACUUCCUAGCCCUUAAGAAAAAUGUAUUGGCUUGGGUCAGCCUUAAAUCUCCUUAAGUUGGUUGGUUUAGGAAAGGCAAGAUAAGACGCCCAUAGGCACUUGCACCUGUAAGAACCAAUAGGAGUGGUUACAGGAAAUACUUAAGCUUGCUAUGCUGAUAGAAAUGAGCUCUCAGUGGGUGCUGUUUUUAUCAGUAGUUCCUUAUAAGGGUUAUAGAAGAGUUCCUAGCGGAGUAGUCCGGUUCUCUUUUGUCUGGGGAUUUAGGUUGUUGUGUUUUUUAUUUUUUUAUUUUUAAUGAGGAAUCAUUGAACAAUCUGACAAGUGGUCCAGGAGAGCGGUUAUUUUAAUUCCUUUCAGUGCCAAAGAACUGGUAUACUGAACAAAGAGAGCUGGGGCCAUUACAGAAGGAAAAGAAAAAAUGACCUAUUUAUGAUGAAAUGAGUCCAAGCAAGAGAGUAUACUUUACGCCACAGAGAAAAAGGUUCUGAAGGUUCAUCAAGAAUUCCUUUGUCAAUGAAGGGGAAAACUGCCUGGGAUAUUGACAAGCAGAGGUUGUAAUACUCUUCACCAUGCGCAAAGGGGUGCCAAAGGACCCAGAGAUAGCAGACCUGUUCUAUAAGGAAGAUCCUGAAGAUUUUGUUGGUUUACAUGAAAUUGGACAUGGAAGCUUUGGAGCAGUUUACUUUGCCACAAAUUCCCACACCAAUGAAGUGGUGGCAAUUAAGAAAAUGUCUUACACUGGGAAACAAACCAAUGAGAAAUGGCAGGAUAUUCUUAAGGAAGUCAAAUUUUUACGACAGUUGAAGCACCCCAACACCAUUGAAUAUAAAGGCUGCUAUUUGAAAGAGCACACUGCCUGGUUGGUGAUGGAAUAUUGUUUAGGAUCAGCCUCUGACUUAUUAGAAGUCCAUAAGAAACCACUUCAGGAAGUAGAGAUUGCUGCCAUUGCCCAUGGUGCCUUGCAAGGCCUUGCCUACCUGCAUGCUCACAUGCUGAUUCACAGGGACAUUAAGGCUGGAAACAUUCUCCUAACAGAGCCAGGUCAGGUGAAGCUAGCUGAUUUUGGGUCGGCCUCCAUAGCCUCUCCCGCCAACUCCUUUGUGGGGACACCUUACUGGAUGGCUCCAGAGGUCAUCCUAGCCAUGGACGAAGGACAGUAUGACGGCAAAGUAGAUGUCUGGUCUCUUGGGAUCACGUGCAUUGAGUUAGCGGAACGGAAGCCCCCCCUUUUCAACAUGAAUGCAAUGAGUGCCUUAUAUCACAUAGCCCAGAACGACUCCCCGGUGUUACAGUCGAAAGAAUGGACGGACUCCUUUAGGGGAUUUGUUGAUUACUGCUUACAGAAAAUACCUCAGGAAAGGCCAACGUCAGUGGACCUAUUGCGGCAUGACUUUGUACGCCGAGAUCGGCCCCUACGGGUCCUCAUUGACCUCAUACAGAGGACAAAGGAUGCAGUUCGCGAGCUGGAUAACUUACAAUAUCGGAAAAUGAAGAAAAUCCUUUUCCAAGAGGCACGGAAUGGGCCUUUGAACGAGUCACAGGAGGAGGAAGAAGACAGUGAACAUGGGACAAGCCUGAGCAUAAAUAUGGACAGCCUGGGCAGCAACCACUCCAUUCCAAGCAUGUCUGUGAGCACGGGCAGUCAGAGCAGCAGUGUCAACAGCAUGCAGGAGGUCCUAGAUGAGAGCAGCUUGGAAGUGGGCAUGACACAUGAUGAUGAAGGCAUCAUUAAUUCCGGUUCCUCCGUCGUGCACAAGAAGGAUCAUGUAUUCAUAAGGGAUGAGGUGGGCCACAGGGAUUCCAGGCCUGAACUGCGGCCUACCCAGUCAGUCCAGAGUCAGGCCCUCCACUACCGGAACCGAGAGCGCUUUGCUACUAUCAAAUCAGCAUCUUUGGUUACACGGCAGAUCCAUGAGCAUGAGCAGGAGAACGAGUUGCGGGAACAGAUGUCAGGAUAUAAGCGGAUGCGGCGCCAGCACCAGAAGCAGCUGAUUGCCCUGGAGAACAAGCUGAAGGCUGAGAUGGACGAGCACCGCCUGAAGCUGCAGAAGGAGGUGGAGACGCACGCCAACAACGCGUCCAUCGAGCUCGAGAAGCUGGCCAAGAAGCAAGUGGCCAUCAUAGAGAAGGAGGCAAAGGCGGCUGCAGCAGAUGAAAGAAAGUUCCAGCAACAGAUCUUGGCUCAGCAAAAGAAAGACUUGACAACUUUCUUAGAAAGUCAGAAGAAGCAGUAUAAGCUUUGCAAGGAAAAAAUAAAGGAGGAGAUGAAUGAAGACCACAGCACACCCAAGAAAGAGAAGCAAGAGCGCAUCUCCAAGCAUAAGGAGAACCUUCAGCACACCCAGGCCGAAGAGGAAGCCCACCUCCUCACCCAGCAGAGACUGUACUAUGAUAAGCACUGCCGGUCCUUCAAGCGGAAAGCGAUGCUCAAAAGGCACGAGAUGGAGCAGCAGAACAUCCGGGAGGAGCUCAAUAAGAAGAGGACGCAGAAGGAGAUGGAGCACGCCAUGCUGAUCCGGCACGACGAGUCGACGCGGGAGCUGGAGUACAGGCAGCUGCACACGCUGCAGAAGCUACGAAUGGACCUGAUCCGCCUGCAGCACCAGACCGAGCUGGAGAACCAGCUGGAGUACAACAAGCGGCGGGAGCGCGAGCUGCACCGGAAACAUGUCAUGGAGCUUCGGCAGCAGCCCAAGAACCUCAAGGCCAUGGAGAUGCAAAUCAAGAAGCAGUUUCAGGACACUUGCAAAGUCCAGACCAAACAGUAUAAAGCACUCAAGAAUCACCAGUUGGAAGUCACUCCAAAGAAUGAGCACAAAACAAUCUUGAAGACACUGAAGGAUGAGCAGACAAGGAAACUGGCCAUUUUGGCAGAACAGUAUGAGCAGAGUAUUAAUGAGAUGAUGGCCUCUCAAGCGUUAAGGCUGGAUGAGGCGCAAGAAGCCGAGUGCCAGGCCCUGAGGCUGCAGCUACAGCAGGAGAUGGAGCUGCUCAACGCCUACCAGAGCAAAAUCAAGAUGCAGACGGAGGCCCAGCAUGAGCGGGAGCUCCAGAAGCUGGAGCAGAGGGUGUCUCUGCGCAGGGCACAUCUUGAGCAAAAGAUUGAAGAGGAGCUGGCCGCCCUUCAGAAGGAACGCAGCGAGAGGAUCAAGUUUCUAUUGGAAAGACAAGAGCGUGAGAUUGAAACUUUUGACAUGGAGAGCCUCCGAAUGGGAUUUGGGAAUUUGGUUACAUUAGAUUACCCUAAGGAGGACUAUAGAUGAGAUUAAAUUUUUUUGCCAUUUACAAAAAAAGUGAAAAAAUGAAAAAAUUAAAACCCUGCAAACCCACAUUCCCCAUUGGAACGGGCGUGGCUCUCGCGCUCUCUCUCUUACUCUUACUGACAUCGUGUCGGACUAGUGCCUGUAUAUUCUUACUCCAUCAGGGCCCCCUUCCUCCCCCGUGUCAAGUCGCAGUGCUGGCCACCCCCCGGCCCACUCUUUUACUCAUAGUACGUCCCAGUAUUGAUGUGAUUAUCAAAUGUUUCAGUGAAAACUUUGGAGACAGUUUUAACAAAACCAACAGACCAACAAACACGAGUUUUUUAACGUGGAUGUAUGUUUCUUUAAGCGAUCACUCAUGACCACCCACCUCUGAAAGUCAAGCAAAAAAACCAUAAAAGAUAAGGAAAAACCCAGUCUAAAUGCCAAGGGGGAGAGAGACACAAAUCCGCAGCCUUACACCUUAAACAGCUGCUACAUUCUUCUUUCUUUCCUUCCUUCCUUCCUUUCUUUCUUUCCUUCUUUUUUUGGUAUUUAUUCAUCAGGAAUUUAAAACAAAGUUUUAUUAAAGAUUGAGAAAUUUGAUACAUUUUACAGAAUCUAAUUGUGAUGUACAUAUCAGUGGUGACAUAUUAAUUACUUUUUUGGGGCGGGGGGCGGGCGGGGGGGCGGGCGGGGGGCAGAGAUAUUGUGAUUUUUAAGAACCUGCUGGCAAGGCUUUCGCUUGCCUUCAGCAUAUUCUGAUUGUAUCCUAAUCAUUUUCUGCUGUCGCAGAGAAUGUGAAUACACUUAAGGAGCUCACAGAUUCCCAGUAGCACAAAUUGGGCUUAAGCAAAUCGUGUAUUUUGUGUAUAGAAGGAAUUUAAGGAGAGGUAUGACUUAUUUUCAUAUUGUAUUUUAACUGUUUCUCUGAUCAAAUUUUUUUACUUCCUCCUCGUCCUCUUCCUCCCCCGCCCUUUCCGGCUCAAUCUCCGACGCUGUCUCUCGACCAGACGAUCUUGUUCUUUUUUCUUUGGAUCCCCCCUCCCGCCUCCCAUCCCCGUCCCAUCUCUUGGUCAUAAAUACUACAUUAUUCACACUUUCAAACUGUGUAUUUUCUUACAAUAAAAAACGGUUUAAAAGAAAUGUUUGACUUCUUUUGCAUGCACUUUAAAGACAACAACGAGCAAACCCUUUUCCGGUUCCCAGGAAGAGCAUGAUAAACUGUCAGAGCUUUUAAUUAUAUUUGUAAAUAAAAGUGUUCAUCACGA